CUUCAAUACACUGUUAUUUAUAUCAAAAUGGACGUAAAUCAAACAAAACAAGAACAUCUACUUGCGUUAAAAGUCAUGCGGUUAACAAAGCCCACGCUCUUCACAAACCUUCCAGUGACGUGUGAGGAUCGAGAUCUCCCAGCAAACGGAAAACUCAAACAUCUGACGCUACCUUCCCGUGUCAAAACCGCUCCUGCAUCUCAGAGAUCUGCACGGCUCACCGGUGUAGCAGGAGAAAGUCAUGUGGCUGUGGAGGAACAUCAGAUGUAGAAAUGCUGUUUGUUUGUUGGUUUAAAUGACUUUUCCUGCUUCUAUUUUUACACAGGUGCUUUUUUGUCCCCCGCCCUCUCCCUGGUCCAAACAUAAUCGGCUGUACUCGGCGUCGUGUCACGUGUUUGUCGGGCCUCGUGUGUCUUCAGCUCUCAGCAGAACGUGAGCCGAACGCAGGGUUAAGUUCUCACGUAUUCACUGCAGGUUCUCUGUGUGUUUCGGGCCUCCGCAGGGGAUCUGUUCGGUCAGCUCAUGAAGGAAGACCCGUCCACCAUCAAAGGAGCAGAGACGCUGAUGCUUGGGGAGAUGCUAACGUUACCACAGAACUUUGGGAAUAUUUUCCUGGGCGAGACCUUCUCAAGUUACAUAAGUGUGCACAACGACAGCAGCCAAGUGGUUAAAGAUAUCCUGGUCAAGGCCGAUCUCCAGACGAGCUCGCAGAGGCUCAACCUCUCCGCGUCCAACUCCGCCGUGGCAGAGCUCAAACCCGAGUGCUGCAUCGACGACGUUAUCCACCACGAAGUCAAAGAAAUAGGAACGCACAUCUUAGUUUGCGCCGUUAGUUACACCACGCAGUACGGGGAGAAGCUCUAUUUUCGGAAGUUCUUCAAAUUCCAGGUUCUCAAGCCGCUCGACGUGAAGACAAAGUUCUACAAUGCAGAGAGUGACCUCAGUUCUGUGACGGACGAAGUGUUUCUGGAAGCUCAGAUCCAGAACAUCACCACGUCACCAAUGUUCAUGGAGAAAGUGUCUCUGGAGCCGUCCAUGAUGUACAACGUCACGGAGCUCAAUACCGUCUCCAGCAGCGACGAGGGAGAGUCUACGUUUGGGAAAAUGUCCUACCUGCAGCCCAUGGACACGCGGCAGUACCUGUAUUGCCUCAAACCCAAGCCGGAGUACGCCGAGAAGGCCGGCGUCAUCAAGGGCGUGACGGUGAUCGGGAAGCUGGACAUCGUGUGGAAGACGAACCUCGGGGAGAGAGGGAGGCUGCAGACCAGCCAGCUGCAGAGAAUGGCUCCAGGAUACGGAGACAUCAGACUCUCUCUGGAGGUGAUUCCUGACACUGUGAACCUCGAAGAACCUUUUGACAUCAUGUGUAAAAUCACCAACUGCAGUGAGAGGACAAUGGACCUGGUGCUGGAAAUGUGCAACACCAGUUCCAUCCACUGGUGCGGAGUAUCGGGCCGACAGCUGGGGAAACUCAACCCCGGAGCCUCGCUCUCACUGCCCCUCACAGUCUUCUCAUCCGUCCAGGGUCUGCAGAGUAUUUCCGGACUGAGACUCACAGACACGUUUCUCAAGAGGACGUACGAAUACGACGACAUCGCACAAGUGUGUGUGGUCUGCCCGUUUAAAAGCAACGAGUGCUAGAGACUUUUAGCAUUUUUUUUUGUUUUGGUUUUUUUUUGCAUUUUAGAUAUGAAUGGACCAACCGUGGGAAUCUGCACAUGACUCUGAGAUUUCACUCCUUUUUGCAACUUAAGGUGAAAAUACUGACUUUUAAAAUUUAUUGUGAAUAUCCUGAAUCCUUUUCUUUGAACUUAAUUAUGUAAAUGUGCAUAAAUGUUAAUAAAUCCUCCAUGAUCUUU